UUAAUAUGGUUUAAAUAAGGUUCUCUGAAUACCCUUGUCACAUGGUUUGGAGAGAUGGGGAACGCGAGAUCGGCUCAAGAAAAUGAGCCUGCGCCGGCGCCAGGCCCCGCCAAGACGCACGAGAGUCUGGGCAAGUUCUAUGCGGCUGAGAUCGAAGAGUUACGACAGAAGCCAUGCUGCAGGAACUUCCUGAAGAUCCUUUUUGUGAUACUGGGCCUCAUUACUAUUAUACAAUCAAUAGUAGUGAUAGCUGUGACCAUAGCGUCCGCAAUCGCCUCCAAGAUCUUCAGCAAGGAACAGUCAGGGCGGUUGGUGGCAAUGAUUAUCCUGGCGGUUACAGCAGCCAUUACAAUAUCUAUGGUCAUCUACGCUAUCAUUGCGGUGUUUAAGAAUAAGAAGAAACCUUUGCAUGCGACUGCGGCUGUUAUGCUUAUAAUGUCGAUAAUACAAGCUGUCAUCCUGGGUGUGUGCGUGCGGGUCUCACCAGAGGACGAAAUCUUGCUCAAUAGAUCGCUGGUCGAGUCCUUCCGCCUUGCCAGGGAGGACAACCCUCGCCAUGUGAAGAUAUGGGGUGCUAUGCAGAGUGAUCUAAAUUGCUGUGGUGUAUAUAGUGCAGAAGACUAUCGAAUUCUGAAUAUUCCCAGUUAUUUCGCACCAGACGUACCCAUAUCGUGCUGCCCAGGGUACGAUCCGAAAAGAUCCGAGCUCGUGCAAGAAAGAGAAAGAGAGAGUUGUAAAGCGAGACGGGAGUAUUACGAAGCAGGUUGUAAGAGCCCCAUGAUGGAAAUGUUCAAGUUUGGAUGUACUCUGGUUUUGGUGAAUGCUAGUCUACUGAUUUUGAGCAAGCUUCUAUUAGCUUUGGUUGGCCUUUUGUUAUUGAAACAGAAGCCUAAAGAAGAACAGCUUACAGUAGUCACAGCACCCACUCCUAUGCCCCGAGCUUCUAUGAGCCAAGGGAAAACAAAAUCAAUCAGUACCUCUAACGGUUUAUAAUAAAUAUUCUGCAUUAAAA